GGAGGAGGCUGCGAGGAAGAGGAAGAUGCCUUGGGCCCCCCAGGCAGGCCCCGAGCUGAGGACGGAGAGCCCGGAGGACAAAUCCCCCCGUGAGACCCUGGUGGGAGAGGCCGUUUUGAAGGGCUCCCCGGCGCAGGAAGGCAGCGGGGAGGAAAAGGGCCGGAGAUCCCCCCGCAGGAGGGGCUCCAAAGCCAGCCCAGGGUGCUCUGAGGAGGAAAGAGCCAGCCUGUGCCGGGAAGGUGGCCGGAGCUUGAGGGGGAGCUCUGAGCUGGUGGUCCCUGAUCAGCCUCCCAGCAGGGAAAAGCCCUUCAAAUGCUUGGAAUGUGGGAAGAGCUUCAGGACAAGCACCACCCUCCUCACCCACUGGCACAUCCACACUGGGGAAUGGCCCUACAAGUGUGGGGAAUGUGGGAAGAGCUUCAGGGAGAGCUCCAACCUGAUCCGACACCAGCGUAUCCACACUGGGGAACGACCCUACACCUGUGGGGAAUGUGGGAAGAGCUUCAGUGACAGCUCCGGCCUCCACGUGCACCGUCGCAUUCACACCGGGGAACAGCCCUACAAGUGUGUGGAGUGUGGGAAAAGCUUCAGGAUCAGCUCCAGCCUCCGCUCCCACCAGCUCAUCCAUACCGGGGAACGGCCCUUCAAGUGCUUGGAAUGUGGGAAGGGGUUUCAGACCAGCUCAGAUCUCCUGAAGCACAA